CUAAGAAAAUUCAACAUUUAGUCUUACAUCUCAUCUUGACAUCUUCUUUACCCGAAUUGAGCCAAAUAUUUGGGGUUUUUCUCUGUUACUAAACAAAAUCACCUAAAAGGGUUUGGCUUUCUGACCUUUCUCUCACCAACGAAACGGUUUGAAGUAAAGAUUUGAUUGUUAAGAGGGAGGAUGUGGGCUGCUUCGUGCCUUGCUUCGUGCUGUGCGGCUUGCGCAUGCGACGCUUGCCGUACUGUGGUGUCGGGGAUUAGCCGACGAUCUGCUCGGAUCGCAUAUUGUGGUCUCUUUGCGCUGUCACUGAUCGUUUCAUGGAUUCUAAGGGAGGUUGCUGCACCUCUUAUGGAGAAGCUUCCUUGGAUCAAUCAUUUUCACAAAACACCUAACAGAGAGUGGUUCGAAACAGAUGCAGUGCUGCGAGUUAGCUUUGGAAACUUUCUAUUUUUCACUAUCCUAGCUAUUCUAAUGAUUGGUGUGAAAAAUCAGAAAGAUCCUCGUGAUGGCAUGCACCAUGGUGGAUGGAUGAUGAAAAUUAUUUGCUGGUGCAUUUUGGUGAUCUUUACAUUCUUCCUGCCAAAUGAGCUAAUCAGCUUCUAUGAGACAACAUCAAAGUUCGGCUCAGGACUGUUUCUUCUUGUUCAAGUUGUGCUUUUAUUGGAUUUUGUUCAUAGAUGGAAUGACACAUGGGUUGGAUAUGGAGAGCAAUUUUGGUAUAUUGCUCUAUUUGUUGUUUCACUUGUUUGCUAUGUGGCAACAUUUUCCUUCUCGGGACUUCUCUUCCAUUUCUUUACUCCAUCUGGACAUGAUUGUGGGCUCAACACCUUCUUUAUUGUUAUGACCCUGAUUCUUGCUUUUGUUUUUGCAAUAGUGGCUCUGCAUCCAGCAGUUGGUGGCAGCAUUUUGCCAGCUUCAGUUGUAUCUUUGUAUUGCAUGUACCUCUGCUACAGUGGGCUUUCCAGUGAGCCCAGGGAUUAUGAAUGCAAUGGCCUUCACAAGCACUCUAAAGCUGUUUCCACUGGCACCCUUACCUUGGGACUGCUGACCACUAUUCUGUCGGUUAUCUACUCUGCUGUUCGUGCUGGUUCUUCAACAACUCUUCUCUCCCCACCAAGUUCACCACGUGCAGGUGCUGGAAAGCCUUUGCUUCCACUAGAAAAGACGGAUGUGCCUGAAGAAAAACACGAGGCUAAGCCAGUCACAUACUCGUAUACCUUCUUCCACAUCAUCUUCUCUCUUGCAAGCAUGUAUUCAGCUAUGCUCCUGACAGGGUGGUCGACCUCAGUUGGUGAGAGUGGGAGAUUGGUGGAUGUUGGGUGGCCAUCUGUGUGGGUCAGGAUCGUGACUGGAUGGGCAACCGCAGCUCUGUACAUCUGGUCCCUGGCUGCUCCUAUCCUCUUCCCAGAAAGGGAGUUCUGAGUUUGUCAAGUCUCUGACUUCAAUUUCAUCAUAUAUGUAGAUAAAAGCUUUAUGACUCUGUAAGCGUGCAACUCACUGAUGCAAAGCCUAUUACGUUUAGAUACAUGGAUUACGCAUAUGCUUUCACCAGCUGAGAUUUAUCCAUGUCCUUGUCCUUUCACAAGCGGGGCUUGAUUGGAUUGACGAUGCUGUGUUGAUGUGCAUAGAACUGCUGUUCUGUGUUGUGUGGUUUGGUAUCUAAAUAAAAGGACAAACUGCUCCUUGUCAAUCAGAUACGAGCAAUUUGAUUUUCUUGUUAA